AUUUUUAGGUCUUUUUUCUUGCCCUUUUCUUUUUGGAUUUAUUUUUCAUCAAACAAAUAUGAAAAUUUGCAUUACUUGAACUGAUUCCUAAAAGAGUGGAUUAGUACUAGAAUAAUUUUGGAUUGGUAAGAUUCUAUUUAGGAUUCCAAGAGAUACCAUAUUGGGUCUCGUUUUUCAAUUUAUCGCGUCUAUCUAAGGGAAUACCCUAUGCUUUUCGGGAGUAUAUGUGCAAAUUCCAUUUGUUUCGUGUACAAUACACAACUCCAUUUUUUUAUUAAAAUUACCUUGUAAUCCUAAUUUCUUUUUUUUUUGUUUUCGGGGUUUUGUUUUGUAACUUCAUUAGAUGAUUGAUUGUAGAAGAAAGACGCUAGGUUAUGGAAAAAAAGACUAAAAAAGAAUGAUAAAUAAGGGAAUUCUUGAUUAGAUAACAAAUUCCAUUUUUCUUUUUUUGGAUUCAGUAUGGAUAAAAGAUCUUCCUAUGUUAUACUAUUCAAUUCGCGACGGCGAAUUUAUAUGAUAGCUCAGAUAUUGUUAUUCAUGAUAUUAAUCUGAUUCAAUAUCAUCAACAGGUAAAAUUUUGAUCAUCUCUAUGGGAUUAAAUCCCGAGUUAAUGCCAAGGAAAAAACGAUGAGAUUAUGGAAGUAAAUAUUCUCGCAUUUAUUGCUACUGCACUAUUCAUUCUAGUUCCUACUGCUUUUUUACUUAUUAUCUAUGUAAAAACGGUUAGCCAAAAUGAUUAAUUUAAAUGAAACUUGAUUUCUUAAUUCUUUAUCAAUAUCAAUGAUUGAAAAGAAAAAUGGAAAGAAAAAAGGAUUCCAAUUGCGUUUCUUAACUGAAAUGAGCAGGUUAGAAUCAGCAAUAUUCGAUGAGAUUUGAUAGUAUGGUAGAAAGAUUCCUAAGAAUCUUUCUACCAUACUAUCGAUUAGAUUAGUAUUUUUUUUUUUCGUGUAGGAAGUUGUACUAUAUAUAGAUUCCAGUACUGGCCGAAAGAAUCAAAUCAAAGAAAGAAAUAAAAGUAUGGUAUAUAUUAAGAAAAACCAAGUUAGUAAUCUUUUUGUAUCAUUGCCAACCCAAAAGAAGUAAAGUAAUUGAAUUGAUUGACUGGUGGAUAGAUGCUCGAAAGAGUUCGAAGGUAUGGAAACUUCUUUGAAUUUUUCAAUUCAAUAGUAAAACUGAUCUAUUUUUAACACUUAAAACAUGAUAUGAAUCGAUAAAGCACAAAAAAAUCCAUUUUCGAAAAUAAUCAAACAAGUGGUAAGUGCCUAAUAUGCAACUCUUCCGAGCUAAGAUCUUAAUUAUGUGUAUAUCUUAUUGAACAAGCACUAGGUCGCUGUUCUUUCCUUAUGAAUAUGAGAACGGCUUUCUUUUAGAUUUGGAUAAAUAGGAAUAGGAAAACAAAAAGGGUCUGUUGUUCUCCAUUAUCCUUAUAGAAUUUAUCUAAUUGAAUUUUGAUAAGAGUCUGUUCGGAUAAAUUGAAUCAAAACUCAAUUAGAUAAAUUUCCUAUCAUCUAUAUCUCCUUAUUAUUGAAAUAUCUUUUUUAUUGAUAUUAUUAUCUUUAAAAACACUUUGCGAAGUGAUCCAUAAAACAAACGAUACAGUUUUAUUCCUCAACGAAAAUUAAGUAGUAUUUCUAGAGUCCACUUCUUCCCCAUACUACAAGUGAAAGAGAAAAUGUAAAGACUACCAUUAAAGCAGCCCAAGCGAGACUUACAAUAUCCAUGUGAAUUAUGUCCUCUAUUUCUAUGAAUAUGAAGGAAUUAUUCCAUUAUUGUUUACUAAUAAUAGUGAAAUCCAUGGUACAGAGUCAAAAAAUGGGCGAACUAUUCAUUUUAUGAACCAAUCCCAUAAAUCCAAUACCUGAGUACUCCGAGACUCUUUUGAGUUUGUAUACAAACUAUAUGCCGCAUUCCGCUUUUCUUUUCCACAAUUACUAAUUAGUUAGAUAUUCCCUCCCGCCGAAUUCAAGGCCCAGUUAGUAACCACUCCAAUAGGAAUGGAGAGGUUUCGAUAGCCCUUCCCCUACUUACUAAAAGGAAAAUCUUUCCUUGAAUCCUAGACACAAAAAUUUACAGAACUUUCACUUUCCCCAGACACUUAGAAUCAAGUACGUACCAAGAGACCUCUUACGCUUCCUUUUGGCUGCCUAAGAAUUCGGGGAGUUAUCGGUUAUAGCAGUCGAUAAGAAAGUUCGAGUCUUUUGUUAAUUAUAAUAAAUCAGGCGACACCCGGAUUUGAACUGGGGAACAAGGAUUUGCAGUCCUCCGCCUUACCACUCGGCCAUGCCGCCAAAACGAUCAAAAAUAGACUAGACGAAAAGAUUACCUUUUUGAGAUGGAUUACUGAACUUAUUUUUUUAUUUAUUGUACUUGCAUUUUGAACCUCUUUUCCUUGAUAGCCCUUCCACUACUUACUAAAAAGAAAAUCUUUUUUUUGUUUUGAUUCGAUCCAUACCAAAAAAUAUGGACUUUCAGUCAAAAUUCAGGAUAAACAUGAUAAAUU